AUGAAGGAAUCUGAGACUGUCAAAGAAUACUCAGAUCGGUUGCUUGGCAUUGUUAACAAGGUAAGAUUGCUUGGUACUAAAUUUAAAGAUUCAAGAAUUGUUGAAAAAAUUCUUGUUACGGUGCCUGAAAAAUAUGAAGUAUCCAUAACUACCUUGGAAAAUACAAAGGAUCUAUCCAAGAUUACCUUGGCAGAAUUGUUAAAUACAUUGCAGGCACAAGAGCAAAGGAGGCUUAUGAGGCAAGAUGGUAUGGUUGAAGGAGCCCUGACAGCCAACCACAAAACUCAAAGCAAGGGUCAUCCACCAUUCAAAUGUUGGAAGAGGCCAGAUGCAAAGUGCAAAAUUUACAACCAACCUGGUCAUGAAGCUGUAAUUUGCAAAGGCAAAUAUCAAAAGCAUGAAGCAGAUGCCCAAGUCGCCAAUGAAGAAGAAGAAGAUCACUUGUUUGUGGCAACUAUUCUUUCAACCAAAAAAUCUGAUUUUUGGUUGAUUGACAGUGGUUGUACAAACCACAUGACAUAUGACAGAAAUUUUUUCAAAGAGUUCACGUCUAUAGGAAAUAAGAAAGUCAAAAUUGGAAAUGGUGAUUAUAUUCUUGCUAAAGGAAAAGGAACUGUUGCAAUCCCAAUAAAUUCAGGUACUAAGAAAAUUUCAGAUGUUUUUUAUGUUCCUGAUAUUGAUCAAAAUUUAUUAAGUGUUGGACAAAUAAUGAAAAAAGGAUUUAAAGUAUCGUUUGAAGAUAAAUAUUGUUUCAUUUAUGAUGCAACUGGACUUGAGAUUUUAAGGGUUAAAAUGAGAGGUAAAAAUUUCUCAUUUGAUCCAACCGAAGAUGAAGAAUGGAGCCAAAAGAAUCUACUAAGUGCAGGUAAUUCUGCAACUGAGGACAUAUGUGAAAAUAAGGUAAGGAAGAAGUUGUCAAUAUUUCAGAAAAUGCAAUUCUGGAAGAAAGUUGACAAGUCUCAAGGCAAGAUGCAAAUGAAGCUGAAAAACGAGCCAACUUAUUUCAUUAACAAUGAGAUGCAGCAAAAUACAGAAGUGAACUCGAUUCACUGCAAGUCCAAAGAUCAAUUGGCAGAUUUACAUACAAAGUCGCUUCCAGUUAAAGGUUUACAAGGGACAAAUUCAGAAUUUGAAACUUCAAAAGCAAGGAGGAGUGUUACAAAUAUGCUUUAG